GGAUGGCGGGCGGCGGCGGCGGCGGCGGCGGGGGGGACCCGUGCAUGCGGCGGCACCGUCCCGGGUCGCAGCGCACGCAGGACAUCUCCCACCUGCUGACCAGCGUCUUCAGCGAGGCCUACACGGCCGAGCCCAUCGGGGCGCAGGCGGGCGCCAGCCUGGUGCGGUCGCGCGGGGGGGACGACCCCCACCACGAGCGGUUCGUGGCCGAGCUGCAGCAGCUUCGCGCUGAAUACAAUUGCCGACUGGCAGAAGCGGACAUGGUAGAAAAACAUAUCAUUCAGGCCCGAGCUCAAGCAACAGCAGAAGAAGAAAGGACCCUAAAUAUGCUGAAAGCAGAUGCUGGAGAGGACUUCCAGUACCUUGAUUUGCCCCCAGUGAAGUCCUCCUUCAGAUGGUUUGUGGAUGAUGAACUUCUCAAAAAGCAUCAUUUAAUAUGCCCUGGAGAUUAUAUCGCGGAUAGAACACCUAUUACCAGAGCACCUAAAGGAAAAUCAGAGCCUGACUACAUCAAGGAGACGUUUAGUUUUAAACAGCUUACUUCCAGAAACCCAAGGGAUAAGAAAGACAAAGAAAUCCCGCACCUUAGAAAAACACCAGGCAGUCUACCAGAAGUAUCUUUAUCCACCCUGACCCUGUCUUCAACUCCUGAGACUAAUCAUCAGACAAAGAAAUCCUCAAGUAAGAAAUCUGGCUCCUCAAAGAAGUCAGCCUGGAAAAACACCAUGUGCAAAGCAGAUAGAGAACAAGAACGUGCCUACCUUGCUAGACUUGAGAACCGACACAAUUACCUGAAGAAUCCCCGCUUUUUCCCACCAAAUACAUCUCAUGGAGGCAGAUCUCUUAUUUUUCCUCAAAAGAAGAUAGAAAGAAUGUUAGCAGGAAGGAGAGUGAUAUGUGAUGAAAGUGAUCCCCAGGCCGUUCCUGUCUUUCUCGCUAACCCACCUACUGUUUUGUUUUCCAAUUAUGAAGUUGGUAAGGUUUAUGAGAUGACCAUAGAGCUUCAGAACACGACAGCAGUAUCUCGCCAUGUAAGAGUCAUCCCUCCUUCUACUCCAGCCUUUGCCAUUGGGCUGGGGAAAUUUCCAGGAGAGGGAGGAAUUGUUGCUCCUGGGAUGACCUGUCAGUAUACAAUCCAGUUUAUUCCUGAAUACCUCGCAGAUUAUGAAGACUAUAUACUAGUGGAGACCCAAGCAUCAUAUCCUCUCCUGAUCCCUAUAGAAGCUAGGAGACCACCUCCUAUAUUAACAUUACCUCGCACCAUAGAUUGUGGUUCCUGCCUUGUCGGGGGAGUGAAAAUAACAGACUUUGUGUGCAGAAAUGAAGGGCUCAGCACUGGGAAGUUCUGUAUAAUGCCCAAGAGUGCGUGGCCAUCUCCUACUUUCAGAGCUGUUGCCACUAUCGGUUUUGUGGAGCAAGCUCCAUUUGGAAUCCACCCUCCUACUUUUGAGCUGUGGCCAGGUGAAGCUACGCUGCUAGAGGUAGCAUUUUUUCCUUCUUCUCCUGGAAAUAUGGAGCAAGUAUAUACCAUUGUUUGCGACAACUGCCAGGUCAAUGACAUCACAGUUACAGGCCUUGGACAGCUGAUAGCUUUGGAGCUUUUGUCUGUCACCGGUGGAGAAUGUUUCCAUGUUCCUGGUGAGGCUAGAGACAUAACAGCACAGCACUUCGUAUGCUUUGACUCUCAGAAUCCGCACAGCACAACAGAAAAGCAGCUGAUUAUAAGAAAUUCUACCCACGUGGAACUUCCUUUCUACUGGCAGAUAAUUAAACCUAACCUACAAUCGCUAAUGCCAGAAGAGCCUGUGAACUCGGCAAAGAUCAAGUACAACCUAGAUACAGAGUCAGGUUUCUCUCUAAACCCUGCCGUGGGAGUACUGCAGCCUCACACAGAUCACAAGUUCACGCUCACUUAUGCUCCAAAGGAGCUGAAGGAUUAUCACAGUGUGAUUCAGAUUGUACUGAGAGAUAUCCCAGAGCCACCAAGUUCGGAGAAACAAGUUAUGAUUCUUGGAAACACACGCCCCAGAAGAGAUGAUGUGAUAGCCCUGGAAAUAGAAGUUAAAGGUUCAACAGAACCAUUUCAACUGCUUUUGGAACCAUAUGCCAUAUUCAUCCCUGGGGAAAACUUUAUUGGUAUUAAUAUUAGAAAAUCAUUUAAGAUGUGGAACAACAGCAAAUCAUCUGUCAAAUAUUCCUGGGGAAAAAUCAGUGAAUGUGAUAUACUUGAAGUUGAACCUCAUACUGGAUUCAUAGAAGCCAAUGAAUGCUGUGAAUUUGAACUGAACUUUACUGGAGGCAAACCAGGACAUGCCAGCCACAAUCUGCACUGCAAAAUUGAACACUCCACAGAGCCAGUUGUGCUGCACGCUGAGGCUGCUUUUAAGGGUCCAGUUCUUUCUGUUGGUGUUCCAUCACUUCAGUUGGGUUUGAUUAAGUUGGGAGAAAAUGUGUUAAGCUCCUUUGAGAUUCAAAACCUAAGUCCAUUGCCAGCACAGUGGAGAAUGCAAGAAAGUCGAGCCUGUUUAGCUGAAAGGAAUGAAGAGGUAUCCCAAUUCACAGUUAGGCCAUCUGAUGGAGAAUUACCUCCUUUAGGUGAAUGCAGAGUAUCAGUCCUGUUCGAGGCCCAGCAAUGUCAGCAUCUCCAGACUGUGUUAGAACUAGUGGUAGAAAACGGAAAAGAAAGUCAUCUUCCUGUUUUUGCUGAGGUGCAGACUCCCCAGGCUUGUCUGAUUUCCAGUCACCUAGUAUUCAGCGAAAUAUAUAUUGGAGUUCCUGCACAAGCAAACAUCAGACUUUUUAACCAGAUACUGCUGCCUGCAAAAUACUGUUGGGGAGAGCUCAUUGGGAGUCAAUCUGCUCUGUGCUCUGCCAUCGUCACCCCAGCAAGUGGCAUUUUGGGCCCAAACGAAGAAAAAGAAUUGUGUGUGGAGCUGACAGCUAACACUCUGGGUGAGCUGAAGGACCUUAUCCUCUGCUGUAGCAUAGAAGACAUGAAGGAUCCUCUUUUUCUGGCCAUUUCUGGACAAGUAAAGGGACUACAUGUCACAUACUCAAUACCCUAUGACAGUGAAGUUAUCAGUGAUGAGAAACAAAUGCUACAGAGGUCUCAAGAUCUUCUGCUGGACUUUGGAUCUGAAGUUCCAUUCCAAGGCAUAGUGAAGCGUCAGCUAAUGAUUACCAAUCAUACAGGGAUUGAAGCUCCUUUCAUUGUGGAGGCUGAUUAUUUCCAAAGCUGUCUGCCUAAGCCAGAGGAACAAGGAAGCAGCCUGUCCACCACAUGCCUGGUGAAGAGGACAGCCCAGAUUACAAGGCAUGUGGCCAAGAGAGCACAAUCAGCAUUAGUAGCAGCAUUGCUGUCUCAUGGGAGAGGAGCUGCUUUCCAUGCUCAGCCGUCCACAGGAACAAUGAAAGCCUUCCAGAGACUAGUUAUUGAAAUAACAGCCUACAACAACAUGUGGGGAGAGUACCACGAUGAUCUCAUCUGUGUGGUGGGAGAUCUGAAGCCUACGUUAAUUCCUAUGCAAAUGACCGUGAAAGGCUGCCCAAUCUUCUUGCAGAUGACAGGACCUCAAGCUAAAACGCCAAUAAUAAGGUUCGGCACUCACAUCUCCGGAGGGGACACGGUCUCCCGUUGCAUCAGGCUUAAUAAUCCUACGCCCUUUGACAUUCGCGUGGACUGGGAAACUUACAAUCAAGAACCAGAUUCGGAGAAGCUAGUGGACCUGUUGGUGUUUUAUGGCACUCCUUUUCCUCUGAAGGACAUAGAUGGGAACGAAGUGGAGUCAAGUAUUAGCACCUCAGAGACCGAGGGUGUAUUUAACUACAGUACAGUCCGUGACACCACAGACACCAUUUCUCCAACUUCCCAGCUCACAGAUGUGUCCUAUGUAGAAGAUGGAGGAGGGAGUGAUUCUGAAGACUGGAAUCAAGCAACUGCUCCAAAGAAAAUCAUCUCUGUGAUCAUUCAAGCUCAUGAAGGGGUUCCCUCAGACCACCCAUUCUGUGUAACUCCUAGACAAAUUGUGAUCCCAGGAGGUGGCAGCACCUCCAUCCAUGUUGCCUUCAUCCCACUCAUCCUGCCACAGAUCAUUAACAAAAUGGAGUGCCAGGGGUAUGCGCUGGGCUUCAUGAGUCUGGACCAGAAGCUUGCGCAGAUGAUACCUGGCAAGGUGUCUCGGUCACAUGGCCGUGAAGUUGCCCCUUUGAGAAUAGACCUGCAAGCGCUUGUAAAACCCGCCCUGUUAAAUGUGGAGAUGGAUUGUGAUGAAGGAUUGGUGUUUCAUUCUGUAGCAAGUGAUCUCAUACAAGAUCAGCCUCUUUCCAAAGUGAGAACUUACACAUCACAGUGUUCAGCUGUUUCCAAUUACUGCUCAGCUCUGAAGGUGCUGACAGCGUCCGUCACUAGCCACAACCUGAAGCUCACCAAUUCCACAGGGGCUCCUCUGCACUUCAGGCUCCUUCUGUCUAUGCCCUUCAGUGUAGCUGGCGACAAGAGCCUGAAAACAGCCCACGGUGACAGAGAAGAACAAGAGCAAGAGCUUCUCCUUCAUCCACAGCAAAACGUGCUGGUGAAAGUGUCAUUCCACAUGACGCUGGAGUUACUUACAUAUCAGAGUCUGCCAGCUGAGCAGCUGCUUCCUGGAAUCCGAAAGCUGGAGCUGGAGAACGGAGACAGGAAGCUGGAAUUUAGUCAACAUCUAGUUAUUGAGUACAAGAACAGAACAACCCAGCAGCUGUUGCCAGUAACUGCAUUUCUUACUGUUCCCGUACUGGAGCUCUCCUGUGAGACGGUUGAUUUUGCAACUUGCUUUGUUGGUCAGCCCAAGAUAGAAAAUGUCUUCUUGUUAAACCGGAGCAGGUGUAGAAGUUACUGGAUUGUUCUACUGGACCAACAGGAACAGCAUACUGACCUGGAAGUAUUUUCCAUCUCCCCCUCCAAUGGAAGUCUGGAGGCCCGUGAAGCUGACUUACCCACCAAAGUACCUUUACAGAUCUGUUUUACAGCAAGGAGUGGCAUCAAAUACGAAACCACAGCAACCAUUGUUGGACUGCUGGGAGAGAAAUCCUGCGCUCUGCACAUCAGAGGCAGAGGAUCCUACGACGAGAAAUAUGAAGAUCUCCGCUCGGUGUUUAAGUAAGAUGGUCCAGAUGAGAUGUCAACGUAAUGGGCUGAGCUCUUGGCUAUUGCUGUCAUUGGAAGUUCAUGCACAAGAUAAGCCACUUUGUCUAUGAUUAUUUUGCUUAAAAUGAAACUAGAUGAAUCAACUUUCCAAAUAAAACCCCAAGGAAUGUCUAAGAAUUUUACUAAAAUGGGAUGUCUUCCAACCCCCUCUCCCCCACCAUGGUACUCAGGAAAGCAUAUUUUUGCGCCAGAACAGAACAUGCCGUGUUUCAUUUUUAUUCCCAUAUGUGCCUCAAUACCUUUCCUAAAGCAGGCUGUUCGUAAAGAAAGUGAAGGGAGCUUCUGUAACAGGAAUGCCACGAGCAUUGUUGUAAAACCAGAGUGCCUUGUAGUUAGUUCCUGUAUAACCUGUUCCUUAGCUUAAAACCAAGUUGGUUAAUUCUGUAUCACAGUCAUGGUGCACAAGUUGGUGAAUAAAAAAAAACAGAGACCAA